UUCCACUCCUCCCCCGCUGGACCAGCAAAUGAUGGUAGUUUCUACUGUUUGAAGAGAAGGUCAAAAUGCCUGCGAUUGCACUGUGCACCCGUGAAGACGCUGUUUCAGUUGGACCAUGCGUGAGUGUCCCCGCUUUUCUGAAGAUUAUCCCUUGACAGCCCGAUUUUAACUGACGGAAAUGACACAUCUAUUAAGGCUGUUCUAAAACAAAACACUUCUUCAAGGCCGUACAGCUGGAUUUCAUCUUAGUGAUGCUGUGUUGACAUGGUCUGCAGCUGAAGGCUUGAAGGCUGGUCACCGCGGCUGUUCCUUCUGCAUCGUCUCCGGGACCAGUGGGACCACUUCACCGUGUGCUGAGGGGGUGGAGGCUUCGACAACAUGUUCAGCACUAAGAGGUUGAAGAAGAAGUCCCAGUCUGUGGACAUCUCUGACGAGAGCUUCGCUGCCUCCCUCGUCAAAGACCCUGUUGGGUCGCCAAUCAUCAGAAACAUUGCCCGGGCUACUAUAUCCGAGGAGCAUGAGAACAACACCACCAAUGUCCAAAAAGGCCGCAGUCCUCGCCGUGGAGAACUCAAGAGGGGCUACACUAUAGACACUGGCCAGAAGAAGACCGAGCGCAAGGAUGGACGCCGCAUGUCCUUCCAGAGACCCAAAGGCACCAUCGAGUACAGCGUGGAAUCGAGGGACACCCUCAACAGCAUAGCGCUGAAGUUUGACACCACGCCCAAUGAACUGGUUCAGCUCAACAAGCUCUUCUCCAGGGCGGUGGUCCCUGGGAAGGUCCUGUACGUCCCAGAUACUGAGUAUGUGUCCAGCGCGGAGAGCUCGCCGUCGCUCAGCCCCAUCAGUCCCCACUCUCCCACCUCCUCCGAGGCCGACCUGGAGAAGCUGACCGCGGACUCCAACGAGACGCAUCGCCGGAAUGUUCCCCCGUCGCCCGCCCACCCGCUGCCACGGCCCGUGCGGGUGGUCUCGUCCACGUCUGAGGAGGAGGAGGCUCUCACUGAGAAGUUCCUGAAGAUCAACUGCAAGUACAUCACUGAUGGCAAGGGCGUAGUGAGCGGGGUGCUGCUGGUGACGCCCAACAACAUCAUGUUCGACCCGCACAAGGCGGACGUGCUGGUGCAGGAGCGCGGCUGUGAGGAGUACGGCAUCAUGUGCCCGCUGGAGGAGCUGGUGUCGGCCGCCAUGCGUCGCGAAGUGACAGACACCAGGAUGCGCGAGUUUGUGCCUCAUGAUCUGGAGCUGGAUGAGUUGGUGCCAGAGGUGAGCCACGUGAAGCGGACGGGCCGCGGGAACGCAGAGGAGGUUGCCCAGCGCCUGCGCGAUGCGGGCAACGACAGCGCCAGCACGGCGCCGCGCAGCACCGAGGCCUCUCUCUCCGAGGACGUCUUCACCGAGUCCGAGCUGUCGCCCUCCUCCGACGAGCUGCAACGCCACAAGUCUUCCGGCGCCUCCUCCGAAUCCGUGCAGACCAUCAACCAGGCGGAGCCGUCCACCCCAGGGACCGCAGGGGAGGGCGCGGGAGGAGCCUGGGCAAAGGAGGGGACACCGGUGGAACGGCAGAGCAGCAGGAGAGACAGCAGCACUGGGGACAGUAAAAGCUCAUCUGGGACUGUCGCUGCAGGACCGGACACUCCAGGAAAGGGGCCCGUUAUGCCAGGUGAUGGGACAGGGGUCGGCUCUCGUACCCCUUCGGAGUCGCAGAGCUCAGACACAGUAGCAGCGGACCUACCUUCCUCAGAACCGGAAGUGGAGAGAGGAAGUGGCACCGAGUUAGCGCCCUCUGGAGGCAAGGAGGAACUCGGGCAGCGAGGGGACAGCCACACUAUGCAACCAGCCAGUGAGCAUAAGGAAAGUAGUCAGGUUAGCGCCAGCGAGACAACACCAGCCAAUCCUGAUGGGACAGAUAAAGGUCAAGGUGCAGAAGAAGGACUCUCGGAGGCCAAGGAGAAGCGGAAGGCCCAGUCUCACAAGUUCCUGUGCCUGCGGGUGGGCAAGGCCAUGCGGAAGACAUUUCUGUCCCACGCCAGCGCCUCCAUGCAGCAGUACGCCCAGAGGGACCGCAAGCAUGAGUACUGGUUCGCCGUCCCGCCUGAGAGGUCGGACCACCUGUUCUCAUUCUUUGUCCAGUGGACCCCUGACAUGUACGGUGAGAGCGGUGUGACCCGCGAGCCGGGCUUCGUAGUCGUGAAAAAAAGCACUGAACCGGAGGACGGAGAGGAGAAGCCGCCGGCUGACAUCACAGCCAAGGAGUGGGAGGUAGUGUCGGUGGCUGAGUACUACCGGCGGAUUGACGCACUAAACAGCGAGGAUCUGCGUUCGCUCUGCAAACGCUUACAGAUCACCACAAAGGCGGAGGUCAACUCCAAGCAAAGUCCGAGUGCAAAGACUGAGCCAGAACCAGAGGUGUUCCGACCCAACCUGAGUGACCCGAGUGAUCUGCUGCAGACUGAACAAAUUGAGAAGCUUGCAAAGAACCUGCCCCCUCGGACAAUAGGGUAUCCAUGGACCUUGGCCUUCAGUACGUCCAAAAAUGGCAUGAGCAUCAAGACCCUGUACCGCAUUAUGCAGGGAUUAGACUCUCCAGUGCUUAUGGUCAUUAAAGACAACGAUGGGCAGGUUUUUGGAGCUUUGGCUUCUGAGCCCUUUAAGGUCAGCGAUGGCUUCUAUGGUACGGGAGAGACAUUCCUCUUCACCUUCUGUCCAGACUUUGAGGUGUUCAAAUGGACUGGGGACAACAUGUUUUUUAUGAAAGGAGACAUGGAUUCCUUAGCAUUUGGAGGUGGUGGGGGUGAAAUUGGUCUGUGGCUGGACGGCGAUCUCUAUCGUGGUCGGAGUCAUUCCUGCAAGACAUUUGGCAACCCUAUGCUCUCCAAGAAAGAGGACUUUGUUGUGCAGGACAUUGAAAUCUGGUCAUUUGAGUAAGCCACGCCUCCCACGCGGCUCCUCAGACUCUGUACAAAUAAAAGGCUCAUCUGGGGCCCCAGAGUAUAUCAGCAACCUCCCAGGCCUGAAUCACACAUCACUCUCCUGGCUCCUCGGAGACCCACUCAUCAAGAGCGCAAGAGCUCCUUGUGGGUUCUGCCCUCGCUCUCCAUCCAUUUGUGUUGCUUUGUGUGUGGGACUCAAGUCCAAGUGCGAGGGAAUUGAAGCUUCUCUCGUCCCGAGGAGUUUGCAGGAUUACUUGAGUGCUGAUCAUCUGUUGGUCCUUUUAGACAAGAUGGUUUGGGCAGAUGUCAUCAUUUCUGCUCUGGUCCUCUGCCGACACGUGGCUGCUGUCCCAGAACCUCGACUCACGAUGCCCCCCCUCACCCCAAACGAAUAUCCAUUACAGGUGGCAUUGUCUACGUUUCCAGUGACCUUGUGCACAAUCACAAACCAAAGCACUAAAAU